AUGAGACCCUCUUGGGCUCUCGUAGGCGCCCUCGCGACCAACAGAACCUACCGCGGCGUCGCCGAGGAGGCGAAGCCGGAGUGGCGCGUCCCCAAGUAUGGCGCCCAGCCCGGCCCGGACUACAUGGUGGACAACACGGACAACUACUACGGCGUUGCGCCGGACAAGGGAUCCAAGAGCGGCCCCGUGUGGGCCGAGUCUGGCACCUUCGAGCGCUUCAUGGCCGACUCUCGCGCCGAGGCGCCGGAUGUCCCGGUUGCCGUCGUCAACCACACCUUCAUCGAUGUUGACGGGAACACGACCGUCAUGGAGAUGGAGUCGGAGCUGUUCAGGCUGGCCGACAACGGCUGGUGGCUUCCGGAGCUGUCCGGCCUCGGCAAGCAACCCAUAGUCGGUGGUGACUACAAGUUUUUCCGCAACGUCAAGGACUACGGCGCCACCGGCGGAGGUGAGAAGGACGACACCGAAGCCAUUAAUGCGGCCAUCGAGGAUGGGAACCGCUGCGGCAACACAUUCUCCCAGGGUGCCAUCAUCUACUUCCCGCCCGGCGUCUACAAGAUUUGCACACCCAUCAUCCAGCUGUAUUUCACUCAGUUCUUCGGUAACCCACACGACCUGCCGGUUAUCAAGGGAUGCGACAAGUUCAAGGGGAUUGCCCUCAUCGAUACGGAUCCGUAUAUAGAGGACGGCAAUGGCGCAAACUGGUACAUUAACCAAAACCAAUUCUUCAGGGGCAUCCGCCACAUGAGGUUCGACAUGACCGAGAUGCCCAAGGAAACCAACGACCAGGACCAGGACCUCGUCCCGACCGGAAUCCACUGGCAGGUGUCCCAGGCAUGCAGUCUCCAGAACCUCAUCUUUGAGAUGCCGGAGGCCACCGACGACGAGAAGCCAACCCACGUCGGUAUCUUUAUGGAAAACGGCAGCGGCGGCUUCGUUUCCGACCUGGUCUUCAAAGGCGGAAACAUCGGAUGGCGAGCUGGGUCGCAGCAGUACACCGUCAUCAACCUCAAGUUCGAGAACUGUCUCACGGCCAUCCAGAUGAUCUGGGACUGGGGAUUCAACUGGCAGAGAGUUCAGAUUGACGGUGCCGCCAUCGGCUUCAACAUCAGCGGCGCUGGAGGCAUUGACGGGCAAGGCGUUGGUUCCGUGUCCAUCAUUGAUUCGACACUCCGAAACGUUGAAACCGCGAUCCUCACAAACUCCGGCCCAACCUCUCCCAACAUCGUCAUCGACAACCUGGAAAUGUCCGGCGUCGGGGCCACCGUAAAAGAUACCGACGGCAACGUCAUCCUCGGCUCCUCUGGCCACGUCGAGCUCUGGGCGAUCGGCAAACGGUACAACGGAUACGAGGGCACCAGCACCGCAGGCGCUGUCGACGCGCCCGCGAGGCCUGAGAGCCUGCUCGAUGACGACGGCAAGCUCUUCUACCGGUCGAAGCCGCAGUACGAGGACUUCGCCGUCGGCCAGUUCCGCAUCGCCACGGAGCAUGGAUGCCGCAACGACGGCACGGGAGACAACACCAACAGUAUCAACACGUUCCUCCGGGAAGCGCAGGCCGCCGGCCAGAUCGCCUACUUCCCUGCCGGUAUCUACAGGGUCGGGGGCACCGUCCUGAUCCCGACCGGCUCGCGUGUCGUCGGUGCUGCUUGGUCGCAGAUCCAAGGAGCAGGCGCCUACUUUUCUGAUAUUCGCAACCCCCGUGUCGUGGUGCAAGUCGGCAUCAAGGGUGACGUUGGAACCAUGGAAAUCACCGACAUGAAAUUCAACGUCCAGGGUGCCACCGCGGGUGCCAUUGUGCUCGAGUGGAAUGUCAAGGCAGUUCGGAAAGGCGCGGCCGCCAUGUGGGAUUCCCAUGUGCGAGUGGGUGGUGCAACCGGGAGUGACCUCGACGUGGAUACGUGCCCGAAGCACGAGUUCAACGAAGGCUGCAUCUGCGCGGCUUUGCUGUUCCACGUGACGCCCCAAGCGAACGGAUACUUUGAAAACGUCUGGAUCUGGCUGGCCGACCACGACAACGACAUGGUCGUAUCCGACAGCCCCGACAAGCUCGUCAACCAGAUCAGCAUCUACGCGGCACGCGGAACGCUGAUCGAGUCCGAGGGACCUUCGUGGUUCUACGGGACCGGCUCGGAACACACCGUCAUGUAUCAAUACCAGCUCUACGGGGCCAAGGACAUCUACCUCGGCCACAUCCAGACGGAAACCCCAUACUACCAGCCCGUGCCUGUGGCCCCGCUUCCGUUCAAAGACGGCCGCGAGUUUCCCGGCGAUCCGUCUUUCGAAUCUUGCACGACAAUCGGCUGCCAGGAGGCAUGGGGCCUCCGGGUCAUCAACUCGGAAAACGUCCUCCUCCACGGCGCCGGCAUGUACAGCUUCUUUCAGGAGUACUACCAGGACUGCCUCGACACCUUUGACUGCCAGGAACGCCUCUGCGAGGUCAAGGGCAGCAAGGGCGUCACCAUAUUCAACAUAUUCACGGUGGCGACCGUGGAGAUUGGGACGGGAAUCAACGGCGGCGCCAUCAUGCAGGAAGACGGCAACCAGCGCGGCUUCACCACCGAGAUCAGCGUUUGGAUCCCGCUUGAAGGUGACGAUGAGUUCGAUGUCGUCUAUGUCGGGCCAGAAGUCUGGCAAACCCCCGCCGUCACUUGCCCGGCGCCAUGCGUCCUGGUGUUCCCGACGAGCUCGCUGAGCUCUUCCACGACCAUAUCGCCGCCCCCUUACACGACCUCGGUCGAGUACGGCCACAUGGACACCACGACCAUCGACGGCCAGGUCGUCACCACCUUCGUCACUACCAUCACAACCAUCACCAUCACCGUCGACCCCAUCAGCACAGACGGCAUGCCCUAUUCCAACGUCAACAUCACCCAGGGACAGACUUCCAGCGCCCUCACCGUCCACCCAAGCCUGUCCAUCCCUCCCGUUCCCGUGCCCCUGCCUGACGGAGAAGGCGGCACGACCACGCGCACGCUGCAGCUGCCCCCCUGGCCCGAUAUGACGAGCGGGCCGCCCGAGAGCUGGGGCAACGGCCCCGGAGAGACCUCCGGCACCGUGUCGGGCGAGUUCCGGACGCCGUACGUCACGACCGUGUCCGCGUCGGCGGCCACCGUCCUCACCCUCUCCUUCCCCUCGUUCGUCACGGCCAGCCCGGUAUCGUGCCCGCCCCAGAGCGAGAUCGUCUUCGCCACCCCCAGGACCACCAUCACCACGCUGUGCGCCGAGAGCACAAUCAUCAGCCUCCGCUUCACCUGUCCGCCCACGCGCGUCGUGACUUUCCUGGCGCCGUCGACCGCCGUCUUCACCGCCGACUGCGCCCUCGCCACGUCCUUCGUCAACACUCCGCCCGCAGAGGGGGACGAUGAUCUCGACGUGGACGCCCCGGACCCGACUGACCCGGACAGACCCCCGACCGUGACCGAACCGUUGCCUACCUGGACGGAGUACCCGCCGGGUCAGAUCGAGACGGUCGAAGAGGACGUCGAGGAGGAUGAUGACGAUGACGAUGGCAUCGGCUUCCUGACGCCUUGCAACCUCUGGUUCUUCAAUAUUUGCAUCACCUUCCCUGGCAUCCGCAUCGGCGGCAUCCGGUGGAUACUCCCACCGGGCGUCUAUCCCGGCCCUCGUCCACCUCCCGUGCGCCUCCCGACCCCCUGGAUUUUGCCUCCGCCACCAAUCUCAUUCCCUCCCAUCACGGUCGGCCGCGACGGGAGAGUCACGUACUCCAAGUCUGGAGAAUGCGAAACGGCGACGGCAUCCAUCUGCUCCACGUCCAUCACCGUCUCUCUCUCGCCCGGCCCAACGACCACCCGGACCGUCACCUCCACGCUCUCGUCCUGCGAGGAGAUCCGCGGGUGUGGCGUUCGAGACAGCGACGCCACCACGACGACCACCACGUCGCCCGACUCCUGCCCGCUGCCCACGCAGGACGCGAAGAAGCGCGAGGAGCCGGGUCGCGCCGUCGCGUCCGACGAAUCCGCCGAGGAAGAAGCCCUGGAGCGCCGUCAGGUCGAGCCGCUGCCGCCUCCGGGGUGCCCGGACGUCGCCAUCAUCUAUCCCGCGGACAACGAGGACGUCGGCGGCAUCGUUCGGAUCCUGGACGAGGCCGGCUUCACCGAGGGUAGUGACACGCGGCAGUACCGCCAGAUUGGGUCGACCCAGUCGCAGUUCACCCUCUACUUCUGGGUCUCGUUCCUGGACGCAGAGACCAAGAAGGCUCUGGAAGACUCGGGUACCGUGGAACACUGCUACUACCCGCGACAGUGGAACGCCGGGGUGGGACCCUGGGAUCCCUUCGAGGGCUUUGAAGACGAAAGCUUCCACGAAGAAGGCUUCCAAGACGGGAGCCCCGGCAUGGCCUCCCACCCUCACCAUCUGCCUAGGCAUAUCCCCGAAGAUGCCUCCGAGUACACCGUGCUGACGACAGUCAACUCCUCCCGAACCGUUGUCGAGGACGACGGAACGCCGACUGUCCUCAAAGCACGAGCACCCACAACAGAUGCAGACGCGAAGAUCUAUCACCUGGCCCAGGUCUCGCUGCCGCCGCAGACGGUCUGGAAACAGCCCGGCACGGGUGUGAGAACCGCCGGACAAUGGAACUACCGCCUCGACGACGUAAACGUCGGGAAUGCAAACCAAUGGGUCUACGUUAUCGGCGAGACGGGGUAUUGGAACGCUCAUGCGGAACAUACAGGAAUAGGACAAGACCGACUCAGCACGCUGUAUCCGCCGGGACCAAACUACGGCGUCGACCCCAUGACGCUCAAUCCCGCAGACCCUCGCUUCAAGCACGGGUCCGCCGUGGUAGCCUCGAUCAACGGCAACGUCUUGGGCCUCUGCAAGACGUGCAGGGUCCGCACAGUUCCCGCCGGAGGCGCCUACGCGAUGAACAUGCCCGUGAACCGUCGCGGCGAUCGUCUGGCCGAGCGGGUGCUCCAGCAGCUGACUGCCGUGUACGAUGAGAUCAUGGCCAACCCGACCCGCAAGGGCCGGGCCGUCAUCAACAUGAGCUGGGGCAUCCAAGUGGGCCAGAUGCCGCGACCCUUCUUUACCACGUGGUUCAAGAUGCUGCGGAAGCUCGACCAAGAGUGCCAAGUAGUCCUCGUGGCGGCUGCGGGCAACGAUGCCACCGGGCCGGGACAGGCACCGGACAAGUAUCCUCAGCGGUUCGCCGACCCGACCGACAUCUUCGGCCACCUGCCCAACCUCGUCGUCGUCGGGGCGACGGAUGCCAACAUCGUCCGCGCCGCGUACAGUUUCGAAGCCCCUUGGCUCACGACAUUCGGCCCCGGGACCGUCUACGCACCCGAACUCAACAUCAUGUCUCCGUACAUAUACAGACACGGAACUUCGUUCGCUGCCCCGCAAGUCGCCGGCCUCGUGGCAUACUACCGAGCCAUGCCGUCUCCUUGGCAAGCUGACCUGACGGAACCCGCCAACGUCAAGAAACUCAUCCGUCUGUUCCACCGCCGCCUCGCCGCCGUGCCCGAAAAGGACGCGAACGGCAAUCCCAUCCCCGUCCGGGACCGAUCUUGCCUGAGAACGGACGACUACAACGACCUCACGUGGCCCGGCCGCAACCUCUGCCCGACCAUCAACGACCUCUCCACCCAAGCCGACACCGGGCAGACGGUCGAUCCCUGCGGUCCGGGCGUCGGCGGCAACCCGACGAGGAGGAGGAGGACGUACGUCAAGCGACAGGACGGCGGGUCCUGCCCCCUGAUCCCCGACCCGCCCCCGGGCUCCGGCUCCGGCGGCGGCGGGGGCAACGGCCAGACCGUCUCCUUCACCUCGGGCCCCCAGCCGUCGCCGACCUGCUCGGCCGCCGGCGGCUGCGGCGGCACGCUCUGCAAGGGCUUCUGGUGCAACCCGCGUCCGACGGGCGUGCCCCCCGACUACCACGACCCCAAGGACCCCAACAGCAGCGGCGCGUCCGCGUCGACCAAGACCAUAUCGGACCCCCCAGAGGGCACGUUCGAACCGUCGCCCCCGUCGUCGACGUCGGUGGUGCCUACGACGACGUCGGGGCCCACGACCACGCAGGCGCCUCCGCCACCCGCGAACCCUCCCUCCAGGUUCAUCAUCAUCGUCUUCUCGGAGCUCUCCAUCCCCGUCCAGAUGGGCCCUUGGGACUACGACCGCAACUGGGUCGUCUUCUCCGCCGCCCCCGACGGCCCGGGCAUCGACAUGUGCUUCGACAAGGCCCACGAGAGCGUCGAGGACGACGGCGUGACGGCGUCGGACCCGGGCUUCCCGCGGGACAUCGAGUUCGACAUGGACGGCCGCGGCUGCAAGUACACCGGCACGAGGUCCGCGCUCGGGUCCAUGGCCUGCGACGGGGUCCGCGACAUCCGCUGCCGGGAGGAGGACUUUAAGGACUUUUGCCCGCCCUUGAACAACCCGACCAUGGUCUCGAGGGUGCUCUGCGAGUGGUAG